UACUCAUCUUCCUUCAUUAGAUCGUCCAGCCCUGAAGACUACGCUGGCUUCGACUUACAAGUCAUUUUACCCCGUACAGCCAUGUCAGACCACAGCAACUAGACUGCGCGCUAAGUAUACAAUCCAAUCUCAACCCGGUGCCAAGCAUCGCCCUUGGUUUGUCAGUGGGGGCGAGCGUCACAAAGUCAGACUCUAGAGCAAGACUUGGGGGCCAGAAUGCGAAGGAUGGCUUCGAUGGCUUCGCACACGUGGGUUUAUGCAUGAUGGCUGUCAGCAUGGCACACUGCAUGCCAUCCCCCUCUCCGAAUGGGGGCCAGCGCUCAGCCUACUCGCCCCUUGCUUGAACAAUACAAAUGAACCCUAUAGCCCCCCACGCCGGCCAUCCGGUUUCAUCUCUGGCUCCUGCUUGUCGUUGCAGGUCGGUCGUUACUCUCCAUGUUUGACAUCCGCUCGCCGACCGUGGAUGAGCAGGUCUCGUCGCAGUCUCAUCAGCCUCUGGCUAUGGGACUGUGUAUCGCAUUGCUUAUCCUGGGGAAUGUUGCCGUGGCCAUUCGACUGCAUACGCAAUGCCACUUUUAUAAGCGCCCUCUGGCAGAGGACUACGCGCUUAUCGUGGCUCUGAUGCUCGCCAACCUGGUGUCCAUUGCCACCCUCGUGGGCACGCACUAUGGUCUGGGCCUCCCUUUGUCUAAGAUCUCUUCGAGUGGCCACCUCCUUGCCCACACGAAGUCAAUCUAUGUGUGCAUGUGGAUGGUAGGUGUCUUCUAUGCGCCAGCCAUGCUUGCCGCCAAAGUAGCCAUGCUACUUUACUAUCGCCGCAAAUUCCCCCUCGACCACCUAAGCCUGCGGAGCAUCUGGUGGGCCAAUCUCGGGUACAUUAUUCUCUGGGCCACUGGGUCGAUGAUUGCUUCAAUAACUUCCUGCAUCCCCGUCAGCUAUUUCUGGAACAGUGCACUUCCGACAAGAGGCCGCGACGGCAGUUGUGGUGACUUCAGAACAGCUAAUACGCCACCGGCUGCACUGGAUCUGUUCUCCGAUCUCCUCAUGCUUCUCCUUCCGGUGGCGACCAUCCUCAGCCUAAAACUGGCUCAACCGCGACAGAACUCUCUGAUGACGGUUUUAUGCAUUGGUGCUCUGAUAUGCGCCGUCACCGUCGCACGCAUCGCCGUGCUCGAAACAACCUCUGGCCUGAACUCCGACCUCAGCUAUGCAGGUGCCCCGUUCUAUAUUUUGGCUAGCGUACAGCUCCACCUCGCGCUCAUCUGUGUCUCGGCCGUCCCCAUCGCUGUGUGUCUCCGUCUUUCCUGGCGCGCCGCUACUUCGAACGAUCCCGCUGCCCGCUGCGGCGGGUACGUGUAUCCGAUGGAUCCGGCGCCAGGUAAGACGGCGACAGCACGCAAGCAGAAGGCAGGUCGAACGGGGUUGACAAGUAGCACGGAGCAGCUACGACAGGGACAGCUGUCGCGGGAUGAGCCGCAGCUGCAUCAAAUUGUGGUUAAGAUGGACGUGGAAGUGGCGCAUUGAGGAUGUCCGGCGUUU